UUUCAUGCCAUAAUCACAAAUAACAAUCAUCAUUUAAUUUUUAAUCCCAACGUUGAUCAAUCAAUUCGAAACUUUUAUACAAAAAAAAAAAAAACUUAAACUGCCAAAGCACACAAUACAAGUCAUUAGCUAACGUCAUUUUUGCCUCGUAUAAUAAAAUUACAAAAGAAUGAGACGGCAAAUGGUAGAAGAGAGGCAUUCAAGCACUAAUGUCCUCCGCCAUUUCCUUUUCCCCGCCUUUCUAUCCCUUCCUUUCCUACCUUACUUUUCCGUCCUUUCCCAUUUAUUCUGCCCCAAAAAGCUUCCAACUUCCCUCUCUUUCUCUCACACUUCCUUUCGUCCUUCCGUCUUCUUCACCCAACACAAAAAAAAGUUUUGGAAAACCCUCUCAAGACUUUGGCUUUUUCGAUUUCUGGCCACAACCCGAUUUCCCUUAUUGUAUUGGGUAGUCGGGGAGGAAAAAAUAGAGUGUGGGAUCAAAGGGAGAGCGGGAGAAGGGGCAAAUGCGGCUUCCUCUGGUAACGGAGCUCGCCGCCUGUUCUCGUUGAUGGUGGUGGUCUGGUUUUUGUAGCCCCCCGCCGGCCCCCCCUAUUGUUGACUAUUGAAAUCUUUUUCCACCCACAUUUCUAAUUCACCCCAUCUUCCGCAAUCAUUCAAUUCACGGGGCAUUCUCUCUUUCCGUCUGUCUUUUAGGGAGGGCAGAUCCCGAGAUCUCUGUCUCUCUUUCCUCUUCUUCCUCCCUCAAUCUUCUUUCUCAAAACAAAAAUCCAUCCACCCCACUUUUCAAUCCAAUAUCUCGUCGUUUUCCGCCAUAGCUCGAAGCUCUUUUCUUCAGCAUCUGUUCAACCGUCUACUUCAAGCCAGACCCAAUUUCAGACGGCUUUUCCUCUUUCCAGAUUCUGGGUUUUUCGGUUCAUCAAUUUGAUUUCUCUUUCAGAUCAUCUCCCUCUGUUUUUGUUUUUUUUUUUCGACAGAGGAGCUUAAUUUUUUAGUUAUUAUUAUUGAGGAAAUCUCUGACAAUCAUCCUCAAUCCAUUUGUCAAAUUCCAUUCCAUCCGGCCUUCCUUGUGUUUUCCGUUUCCGAUUAUUCAAUAGAAUUCUUUAUCGAGAAUCUCAAACCAGGGGGGUUUCAAAAGGAGACUGUUCCAGCUCAUCAAUGGAAGGAUGUUUCCUCUCAUCAUAUCUUAACCCCAUUCCCCAAAAUCCACUUCGUCAGGGCUCUCAAUAGCCAAAAGUCGCAGACUUUUCCAUCCUUUUCAGCUCUGGUUUCUGGAUUGGAGCUGAAUUCUCUUUUAGGGUGGAUUCGGUUGAAAUGGGUUGUGUGAGUUCGAAGCAGCACAAGCAGCGAUGCAAGCACUGCCAAGCUCCGUAUUCCCCAGUGCCCAGAAGCUACUCGAUGCACGUAAUUCACCCGCCGCAGUACAAAUCCGACAGCUACCAUCUGGUAGCCCUAACUUCCUCAACUCUCGGCUCUCUCAAGCUCGAGACGGUGAACGACGGAGAGGUCGAUUCUCCCAAUAAUGCCACCACCGCAGCCACCGGCGUCAGCAAUGAAGAUUGGUUGCUACCGGAGACAAUCAAGAACAAAGAAGAGUUCGCAAUGGGGUUAAUCGAAGCCAAGACCUGGUCCAAAAUGAUCGAGGAGAAGAUCCCACGGGUCCCCAAUCAUCAUCCCAAAACCCCAAUCAUGACUCCGCCGGGAGAGCCAGAGACGAUCAACACCUGGGAAUUAAUGGAAGGGCUAGAAGAAGAUCGUUUCACCAGCCCUUGUAGAUUACCCAACCACAUUCGAAGCUUCUCGUUCGAUGUCACCCGCGAAGCCACAGACAUCGUCGUCGACAGCCCCAAACUCAGCUUCAACCAUCAGGUAAACGCCACUCAUUUCAAAGUCGGAUCAAUCGAUGAAACGGAAGCCGAAGCAGAAGAGGAAGAAGCAAUUGAUAAGAAGCUGCAUUCGGGAAAAGGUGGGAAGGACUACUUCGACCCGAACAUCAUCUCGAUGUUCAGGAAGUCGAUGCAGGAGCUCUCCCCAAGCCACCCUUACCAUUUGAAGAAGCCCGCGAAAGAGAAAGACAGAGUGAUCGUCUACUUCACGAGCCUGCGUGGGGUGAGGAAGACGUACGAGGACAGUUGCUACGUGAGGGUGAUCCUGAAAGGAGCAGGCGUUAGGGUGGACGAACGAGAUGUAUCGAUGCACUCGGGGUUCAAGGAAGAGCUAAAGCAGCUGUUGGGAGGCUGUGGUGGAGGGUUUAGCUUGCCAAGGGUGUUCAUAGGGAAGAAGUACAUUGGCGGGGCAGAGGAAGUACGGCGGUUGCACGAGGAAGGGCAGCUCGAGAAGGCGGUGGAAGGGUGCGAGCAGGCCGAGGCAGAGGAUGGUGGUGGUGGUGGGAGUUGUGAGGCUUGUGGGGAUAUAAGGUUUGUGCCUUGUGAAACUUGUAAUGGGAGUUGUAAGAUAUACUAUGAAGAGGAAGAAGAAGAUGAAGAACUAGAGGAACAUGAGGAAGGGUUGGAAGAAGAAGAGGGGAUGAAUGGUGGUGAUUAUGGGUUUCAGAGGUGUCCUGAUUGCAAUGAAAAUGGACUAAUUCGAUGCCCAAUCUGCUGCUAUUGAUGAGUUGAGUUGAGUUCAGUUCAGUUUUCACUUGUUGAUGAUGCAGUUUCAGGUUAGGUUGGUUCUAAUCUGUGAUUUGGUUUGUGGGUUUGGGUUGGGUUUGUACAGAGAUCAGAUGGGUUGGUCUUGAUUUUUGGGGUUUAUAUAUGUUUUUUGAUGAAUGAAAGUAAUGUAAUACUUACUUACUACUUACAGGUAUAGUGGGGAGAAAUAACAGAUAUGAUUUUUCCAAUUGAUUACUGUGACAUUGCAAAUUUGUAAUGGUUUAUCCAUGCCAUCAUUAAGUUGAUGAAUGGGCUGCAUUUUGGGUUUUCACUUAUAAUCGCUUUCCAGUUAGUGUCAUCAUUUGGGGCAGAAACUUCAAAGUGAUUCGUCAAAAAAAAAAAAAAAAAAAAAAAAAACCCUUCAAAGUGGCAGCCAGAAAAGGAAGGGGGUGGUGGUGCUUUAUUGAGGAGCCAUUGAGCUCUUCUGUAAUGAUAGUUGUUUGAAUUUUUAAAUGUUUUUGGUACUUUAGGAGUGAAAGAUGUCUUGAGACGUAGAUCUCAAGUAUAUGGAUCUUUUGCUCGUUUGGAUGAUUGAUUUAGUCAUGAGGUAAUUUGAUCUAAUUGUUUUUGAAAUUAUCUUACGUUAUAUGAAUAUUUCUCAUUAUUUCUGGUAAUCAAAUUAAUGCAAAACGAAGCAAUUUAAAUUGCAUAAGUCAAUUGCUGCAUCACGAUUAUGUGUUUCCAAACGAGACAAUUAGAAUUACUUGUUACAUUAUGAGGCAAUUGGGUUAGAUAGUCUCGUCCAAACGACCCCUUUGUGUCUGGUUCAAUAUGAUUGUAAAAAAUCUAUUUGUACAUUAGUAUGAUUCUACGUGGUCAUGAGGAAGGCUUGCUUUGGUAUGUAUGGUUCCCUCUCUAAUUCCCUUUGAUGUCUUUCAUUCAACACUUUGGAUCAAGGUUGAAGCUUGAGAGUGGAAUGAGUUGUUCACUGUUCCACAAACUCCUACCUUCCAAGUGAUCAGAUUAGUAUUCUUGAUCUAAUUAUAAAAUCUUCAAUGUAAUCGUUUAAAUUAUAUUUUUCUAGAUUUAAUAUUAUUUUCAUUCUAUAUAAAUUAUAUAAAUAAUCUCCAUUGUUUAAGUAUAUAUAGUACUUCAUUAAUCUGAGGAGAAGUCACUAUAUAAAUUAUGAAUUAGUACGAGGUUGGAUUAUAGUAAUAUAUCCUAACAUCUAGUAAGAAAAUCUUAGGUCCUAACCCUCAAAACUCAAACCCUAAAAUUAAUUUGAUAAAAACAGUUAUUGAAAAAUCAUUCAUCAAAUUAUAUCCACCAGCAAAACCGUGAGAAAUAUGACCUAUUUUAGAAGUAAAUUACCCGAGGUGAGUUGAUGGUAUAAUGGGAGGCUGUAAGCAAAUCUUAGGUCCUAACCUGAAAAUUCAAACUCUAAAAUUAAUUUAAUGAAAACCUUUACUGACAAAUUAUUCUUCAAACUAUAUCCACCGACAAAAUUGUUAGAAAUGCGACCUAUUUUAGAAGUAAAUUACGGGGAAGAUGGUUGAUGGUAUAAUAGUGGGCUGUCACAGCACUAACUCUUAUGCACCAAUUCUAUUACUGUCUACUGACUACUAAGACAGGCAACCCACAACAUGAAACCCAUAUUUUAUUUUGCAUUUAGUAGUUUUUAUUGAACACUGGUCUCCCCUGUUGCACAAGCUAAUCUGCAGUUUUAUAUAUAAUAAAAUGUGCAGAAUCCUGAUAUUGAUAUUAAUUAAUUAAUUAUGUGGAUUAAGUUGCUAAUAAUGUUGCUUAAUAAAUUAUAAAAUCACGU